CUGACGUCAGACGUGACGCCACCAAUAGCGGAGUCGGGCGGCGGUUUGGAGCCAAGUGCUGGGCCGCAGGUUUAAUCGACACCGAGGAGCGGAGCGGUUCCCGGCCCCGACCGGGGAGAGAGGCGGUACGGGCGCUACGAGUAUCGCGGAUUUUAAAGAUGGAAGAAUUGUGAAUGCUUAACUCAAAUGGAAUAUCAUAUCAGGUCUGUGGCCCCACUCAGCUCCCCAGCACCUGAAUAUCAUCGGCCUGUGAGCGUGGAGGGAGAGACGCUGGUUUGUUUCACUUCAGACCCCAGGCGGUGAGGGCUGUUGCAGGGCACCGACCGUGACACAGCUGAGGAAAGACACACUGUCUACAGCGGGGAGCGGAGAAACCACUGAUUUGAGGACAGGAACCAAGUUGCAGGGAAGCCAUUUAACCUAUUCCAGCCCGUGAAGGAGCGGGCGGUGAUCACUCCAGUGCGGAUUGGGAAAGGAACAGCCACUGCAACGAGAGACCGUGUGUGACACGCUGGGGGAGGUGAGCUCACCUGAUCUGUGACUGGGAACGUGUUCACCACAUCCUUGUUUUUGCACCAGUGAAACAUUCAUUCUUUUGAUUGAGGAAGUAUUUUAAAUGAUCCAUUUCCCCUGAGAAUAUAUAAAUCUUCUUUCCACCUGUUUCCACUUAAGGAAAGUAAUUCAUUCGCUCAUCUUUUUACUGACUGAUCACUGAGGUCCUUAGGAAACAUUGUCCUGCUGCUUUGAAGGGUCUCACUAGGUCAUAAGCCCUGAUGAAACCCAGGCAAGUUUGCACCUGGUUCACCUCUUCUGCGAGAGGGAAAGGAAUCACUCGCUCAUCCCACUUGGUGACACACCAUUGACUUCAUACCAGGGUGAGUCCAUUCUCCUACUCUGAUUGUGGGGAGGGGUUCUUUCGGAUAUCCAACCUCCUGACAUAUUGGAUCGCAGUAAGGACAUUAAGUGACCUGGUGACGUGAUGAGCAGCCAACAAAUACCUGCCAGGGAGAGGCAAUCCACCUGCUCUCACUGCGGGAAGGCUUUCAAUAAUUCCUUGAGCCUGCAGGAGCACCAGCGAGUGCACAUCGGGGAGAAGCCCAUCACUUGCUCUGAUUACGGGAAAGGGUUAACUCAGUCAUCCAGGCUUCUGACACACCAACAAAUUCAUAAUGGAGAGAGGCCAUUCACCUGUUCCAAGUGUGGGAAGGGGUUUACUCGGUCAUUCAGGUUCCUAGCUCAUCAACGAAUUCACACUGGGGAGAGGCCAUUCACCUGUUCUGAGUGCGGCAAAGGGUUCACUAUGUCGUCUAUCCUUGCUAGUCACCAACGAAUUCACACUGGGGACAGGCCAUUCAGCUGCUCCCAAUGUGGGCUGAAGUUUACUCGGUCGUCUAGCCUUUUGACACAUCAGCGAAUUCAUACCGGGGAGAGGCCCUUCAACUGCUCCACGUGCGGGAAGGGGUUCACUCGGUCUUAUGAGCUUCUGAGACACCAACGAAUUCACACCAGGGAGUGGCCAUUCACCUGUUCCGAGUGCGGGAAAGGGUUGACUCGGUUGUCUGAGCUUCUGACGCACCAACGAAUUCACAGUGGGGAGAGGCCGUUCAUCUGCUCCGAGUGCGGGAAGGGGUUUGCAAGGUCAUCUGUCCUUCUGCUGCAUCAACGAAUUCACACCGGGGAGAGGCCGUUCACCUGCUCCGAAUGUGGAAAAGGGUUUGCGAGGUCAUCAGUCCUUUUGAUGCAUCAACGUAUUCACACCGGGGAGAGACCGUUCAUCUGCUCUGAGUGUGGGAAAGGAUUCACUCGAUCAUCUGACCUACUGCUUCAUCAGCAAGUUCACACCGGGGAGAGGCCGUUCACCUGCUCCGUAUGCGGGAAGGGAUUUACUCGGUCAUCUCUCUUACUGAGGCACCAACGAAUUCACACUGGAGAAAGACCGUUCACCUGCCCUGAAUGUGGGAAGAACUUUGCACGGUCAUCUCACCUCUGCAGACAUCGCCAAACGCAUACUAAAGGGAAAGUUUGGACCCAGGUCACUGGACACAUUUGGGUUGUUUCCCCUGGAACUGCAGGGGUUCAUUCGGUCAUCCAACCUUCUGACACAUUGGAUCACAGUAAGGACAUUAAGCGACCUGGCAACGUGAUGGAUGGCCAGCAGUUACCUGCUGGGGAGAGGCAGUGCACCUGCUCUCACUGCGGGAAGGCUUUCAAUAAUUCCUUCAGUCUGCAGGAGCACCAGCGAGAGCACAUCGGGGAGAAGCCCAUCACUUGCUCUGAUUACGGGAAAGGGUUAAUUCAGUCAUCCAGGCUUCUGACACACCAACAAAUUCAUAAUGGAGAGAGGCCAUUCACCUGUUCCGAGUGCGGGAAGGGGUUUACUCGGUCGUGUGUGCUUCUGAGGCACCAACGAAUUCACACCAGGGAGUGGCCAUUCACCUGUUCCGAGUGUGGGAAAGGAUUCACUAUGUCAUCUAGCCUUGCGAAUCACCAACGAGUUCACAAUGGGGACAGGCCAUUCAGCUGCUCCCAGUGUGGGCUGGAGUUUACGCGGUCGUCUAGCCUUCUGAUGCAUCAGCGAAUUCAUACCGGGGAGAGGCCCUUCAACUGCUCCACGUGCGGGAAGGGGUUGACUCGGUUGUCCGAGCUUCUGACGCACCAACGAAUUCACAGUGGGGAGAGGCCGUUCGUCUGCUCCGAGUGCGGGAAGGGGUUUGCAAGGUCAUCUGUCCUUCUGCUGCAUCAACGAAUCCACACCGGGGAGAGGCCGUUCACCUGCUCCGAAUGUGGAAAAGGGUUUGCAAGGUCAUCUGUCCUUUUGACACAUCAGCGAAUUCAUACCGGGGAGAAGCCAUUCAACUGCUCCGAGUGCGGGAAAGGGUUCACUCGGUCUUAUGAGCUUAUGAGGCACGAACGAAUUCACACCAGGGAGAGGCCAUUCACCUGCUCAGAAUGCGGGAAAGGGUUCACUCGGUCAUCUCUCCUACUAAGGCACCAACAAAUUCACACUGGGGAGAGGCCGUUCGUCUGCUCCAAGUGUGGGAAGGGAUUUGCAAGGUCAUCUGUCCUUUUGAUGCAUCAACGAAUCCAUACUGGGGAGAGGCCAUUUACCUGCUCCGAAUGUGGAAAAGGGUUUGCGAGGUCAUCUGUCCUUUUGAUGCAUCAACGUAUUCACACCGGGGAGAGACCAUUCAUCUGCUCUGAAUGUGGGAAAGGAUUCACUCGGUCAUUUGACCUUCUGCUUCAUCAGCAAGUUCACACCGGGGAGAGGCCGUUCACCUGCUCCGUAUGCGGGAAGGGAUUUACUCGGUCAUCUCUCCUACUGAGGCACCAACGAAUUCACACUGGAGAGAGACCGUUCACCUGCCCUGAAUGUGGGAAGAAGUUCUCUCAGUCAUCUCACCUCUGCAGACAUCGCCAAACACAUACUAAAGGGAAAGUUUAAAAGUUGCAGUUUGUACAUGGGGCAUUUAAACAUUGUAGCUUCUGACACAGUGGUGAGUUCACAAGUGACUGCAAGAACUGAUUCUGUAUUUAUUGCUGCUGUUGAUCACAUCCAGAUUUGGACCCAGGUCACUGGACUCAUUUGGGUUGUUUCCCCUGGAACUGCAGGUACAUUUGUAUUCUGCAUCGAUUAUAAAUAAAUCUGUUCUGUGUGAAUGAUCCGGGCUUGAGGAAGAUGUGGGGAGACUUUGAGGGGAUGCGGACAAGCUGAAGGGGCAGUCAAGAACACAGCAGAUGGAGUCAAGUGUGGGAAAAUAGGAGGUCAUGAACUUCAUUGAGGAAAUUCCCAAUGUUAAAGGGAUCAUGGCAAGUCAGACGGGUGGAAAAUGGUGUGCAGUCACUAUUAGUCAUGACCUUGCUGACUGCUGGGGCAGGUGGGAGGGGCAGAAUGGCCUUUACCUAUGUUAGGAUGGUCACACAAAUCGGAGCACAACCACUGAGGUUUCAGUAGCAUUAGUGAAGGGAGAAGCUGUGAGUCGUUGGUCUGGUCUCGUGAGUCAGGGUCUUGACGAAAAACAUCAACUUGUCCCAUUUUCCUACAAAGAUGCUGCUCAACCCGCUGAGCUCUAUCGGCAUCCUGAUUUGUAUUUCCAGCGUUCAGCACGUGGUUCACCUGGGAAAGUGGGCCAAGGGCUGCAUGUGAAACUCAAGCCAAGUGCAAAGUGUUGUAUUAUAGGAAGCUAAACCAGGGCAGGACUUGCAUGGUGAAUGCAGUGUCCUGGGGAGCAUUGGAGAAGAGAGAGACCUCUGUGUAUGGAGUUCCUUGAAAGUGGUAUCGUGGUUAGACGGGAUGUUGAAGGUGUUUGGUACACUUACCCUCAUCAGUCAGGGGAUUGAGUGCAAGAGUCAGCACCUGGCUUACAACUGGAAUUUAUGUACAGUUCUGGUCACUAACAAUAGGAAGGACACUACUGAGAAGUGAAAGGUGCAGAAUAGAUUCACAAGGAUGAUACCAGGACUGGAAGGUUUCCGUUAUAAGGAUAGACUGGAUAGAACAGAGAACCCGACAGCACAGUGUCGGCCUGUGAUAGUUGCGUCAGCCCCCCCACUUAAAACUGCAGGUUGGGAAGUACACCGAAGGCUAUUUUGUCCUUUCAAAUGUUAUAAUGUUUAUGUAAGUAAACAAUCAAAGGUAUCGUGCCCCACUUUCGUUAUUUACAGCAAUGCAGUGGACCUUUAACAUCAAACACGCUAAAUUUAUCUGUGUUUACCGUUUCGCUAAAAUUGACUUUGUCACAAUGUGGCUGAGUUGUUCCUUCAUCAGCACUGUGAGUUCAAAAACAAGCCUGUCCAUUACUUUCUGCUAGACAUGAACACCAGCAAAGACUGGACAACAUUGUAGGUUUAACUUCAAGGUGUGUUACGUAGGUCUAGAUGUUAAUAUCCCUUAUUUGACUACUGAGACAUGCUGCCCAGACUCAGCGGGGUGGCCAAGUGAGUGGUGGCAUCUUUUGGGUUAUCAAGUGGGCGCCCUCUUUCCUCAGUGUUUCACUGAUAGGCCCACGACACCUCCAGAGGGUUCAGCAGUGAAUCCUGGCGUCCCGGGCUCACCCCCUAGUUGCCAUUCACUCACUUAUGGUCUAGAUGGAAUCCUUUCUGCUCAUCCAAAGCCACAGACUACCCUUUUCAGCAGCUCUGAAGAGGUCUUUGACCGCUUGCCGGUGUGUCCCAACUCCCAACUCCCGGUGUAGCCUUGAUGUUAGUGUGGCUACAAAUUCUCUGCAGUCUACUUCAACUGGUCAGUCCCUUGCUUUCCAGCCACGUUGCUGCACAUCGGCUGCAAGCUCAGCGUACCUCAGCUUCUCGCGCUCGUGGGCCUCCUCCACUGCAUCCUCCCAGGGCACUGUAAGCUCGAUGAUGUAAACGAGAUCGAGUGAGGCCGACCCUAGCACAAGGUCUGGUCUGAGGUUGCUUUCCAUGAUUUCAGUUGGGAAGCAGAGCCUCUGGUCUAAGUCUGCCACCAUCUUCAAAUCACAUGCCCUGCCGAGCCGCCCGGUGUCUGGUAUCGAUGUGGUGUGUCUGGCUUUACCCUCACCUUCCCGGACAAAUGCUGUUAGUGGCCAGCAGGAUGGAAGAGGAGGGAGAGCAUUGAUGCUCGUCUGCUGACUUUCCAGCACUGCUGCAAGACACAGUAGCACCUGGUUGUGCCAGGAGGUGUAUUGGCCUUGAGUGAGACUGGUCUUGCAGCCCACCAGAAUGUGUUUUAGUGUUGCAGAGGGAGCACUUGGGGUCCUCUCCAUACCACUGGCUGAAGUUCAUGGGAGACGGCAAGACAUGGUAGGCAGCCUUGAUGGUGAAGCUCGCUCUGAAUGUCUGCAUCUCCCACAGCUCUCUCAGGAGAUCUUUCUUUUCUCCACUCCUUCCCACCUCAUCCAUUGCCCUUGGCUUGCCUGAGCGACGGCCUUUGCCACCGCCUCCUGCUGACAUAUCUCUUGUGGCACGAGUCUGCGUCUCUGAGACGGAGCAGCCUUGUUCCAGGCUGGUGUACUGUCCCCAAGGCCAAGACCGCUCCUCCCUUGCUGCACUCGGCCCAUGUUGUCCCUGUGCUUGAGUGCUGCCUUUGCUUGCUCAGUUGCUUCUGAUAGAGUUCAUUUCCUCCCAGUAUCCAGGAUGAGGGCAGCUUGUGCUACAAAUGGAUCACUCGCCUCUGUUAACAUCACCUCCAGUCUUAAUUCAGUGCACUUGUACUCCUCUGAAAGACUGGAAGUGGGUGGCUCUCGGGCUCCUUUGUUGUAGGGCCCUAUGCUGCUGAGGCACCUGGGAAGACCAAGCCACCUCCUUACGUAUUAACUGAUCAGUGUUUAGCUUUUCCACCUUCGGGAUUGGAACUUCCUGCAGGGUUAGUGGCUACAUGAGGCAUGGAAGGAGCCCAGACUGCAUGCACCAGAGCUUCAACUUGCCAGGGGUUGUGUCGAUGCUCUUGAGGCCACUGAUGGUGUCCUUCCUGAGCUGAUCUACCUGCUGUGUGUCUUUGAGGGAUGCAUUGUACCACCAACCUAGGCUCUUCACAGGCUUCUCGAAGACUGUUGGAAUUGUUUCAUCGCCCAUGUAGAAGCGUUGGUCUACCAGCUUCCCCUUGAUGAUGGAGAUGCUUCUGGACUUGCUUGGCCUGAUCUUCAGCCAAACCUGCUCGAUAUUCUCUUGAAGCUUUCUCAGCAGGUGUACAGUACAAGCCUUGGUCGUGGUGAGUGUUGUAAGAUCAUGUGUGCUCUGACAGCAGGCAGUCUCACACUAGGUCUUAUAUGCUGUCCUCCAACCACCCAUCGAGAUGCUCUAACGAUCACCUCCAUGGCAGUGGUGAAGGCUAGCGGGAGAUGGUAGAACCGGCCACGUUUCCCACUUCCAGAUGUUGCCACGCUGCGGUGUAGUCUGCUGAAGUCAAACAUAGCUGCACGUCCUGGAAGUAGGCCUUAACAAGGCUUGUGAGGGCCAAUGGGACUCUGAAGAAGUCAAUAGACAAUAAGUACGGGAGUAGGCCAUUCGGCCCUUCGAGCCAGCACCGCCAUUCAAUCUGAUCAUGGCUGAUCAUCCACAAUCAGUACCCCGUUCCUGCCUUCUCCCCAUAUCCCUUGACCCCGCCAUCUUUUAAGAGCUCUAUCUAACUCUUCAAAGCAUCCAGAGAAUUGGCCUCCACUGCCUUCUGAGGCAGAACAUUCCAUAGAUCCACAACUCUCUGGCUGAAAAAGUUUUUCCUCAACUCUGUUCUAAAUGGCCUACCCCUUAUUCUUAACCUGUGGCCUCUGGUUCUGGACUCCCCCCAACAUUGGGAACAUGCUUCCUGCCUCUAGCGUGUCCAACCCUUUAAUAAUUGUAUAUGUUUCAAUCAGAUUCCCUCUCAUCCUUCUAAAUUCCAGUAUAUACAAGCCCAGUCGCUCCAAUCUUUCAACAUCUGACAGUCCCGCCAUCCUGGGAAUCAACCUCAUGAACCUACGCUGUACUCCCUCAAUAGUAAGAAUGGCCUUCCUCAAAUUUGGAGAGGAAAACUGAACACAAUUCUCCAGGUGUGGUCACACCAGGGCCUUGUACAACUGCAGAAGGACCUGUUUGUUCCUAUACUUGUUAUGAAGGCCAACAUGCCAAUAGCUUUCUUCACUGCCUGUUGUACCUGCAUGAUCACUUUCAGUGACCGAUGAACAAGGACAUUUAGAUCUCAUUGUACUUCUCCUCCUCCUUUUCCUAACUUGACACCAUUCAGAUAGUAAUCUGCCUUCCUGUUCUUGCCACCAAAGUGGAUAACCUCACAUUUAUCCACAUUAAGCUGCAUCUGCCCACUCACCCAACCUGUCCAAGUCACCCUGCAUUCUCCUAACAUCCUCCUCAUAUCUCACACUGCCACCCAGCUUUGUGUCAUCUGCAAAUUUGCUAAUGUUACUUUUAAUCCCUUCAUCUGAAUCGUUAAUGUAUAUUGUAAAUAGCUGUAGUCCCAGCACCAAGCCUUGCGGUACCCCACUAGUCACUGCCUGCCAUUUUGAAAAGGACCCGUUAAUCCCUACUCUUUAUUUCCUGUCUGCCAGCCAAUUUUCUAUCCAUGUCAGUACCCUACCCCCAAUACCAUGUGCUCUAAUUUUGCCCACUAAUCUCCUAUGUGGGACUUUAUCAAAGGCUUUCUGGAAGUCCAGGUAUACUACAUCUACUGGCUCUCCCUUGUCCAUUUUCAUAGUUAAAUCCUCAAAAAAUUGCAGAUGAUAGUCAAGCAUGAUUUUCCCUUCAUAAAUCCAUGCUGACUCGGACCGAUCCUGUUACUGCUAUCCAAGUGUGCCACUAUUUCAUCUUUUAUAAUUGACUCUAGCAUCUUCCCCACCACUGAUGUCAGGCUAACUGGUCUAUAUUUCCCUGUUUUCCCUUUACCUCCUUUCUUAGAAAGUGGGAUAAAUUAGCUAUCCUCCAAUCCUCAGGAACUGAUCCUGAAUCUAUAGAACAUUGGAAAAUGAUUACCAAUGCGUCCACGAUUUCUAGAGCCACCUGCUUAAGUACCCUGGGAUGCAGACCAUCAGGCCCUGGGGAUUUAUCAGCCUUCAGUCUCAUCACUCUACCCAACAGCAUUUUCUGCCUAAUGUGAAUUUCCUUCAGUUCCUCCGUUAUCCCAGGUCCUCUGGCCACUAUUACAUCUGGGAGAUUGUCUGUGUCUUCCCUAGUGAUCCAAAGUACUUGUUCAACUCGUCUGCCAUUUCCUUGUUCCCCAUAAUAAGUUCACCAAUUUCUGCCUUCAAGGGCCCAACUUUGGUCUUAACUAAUUUUUUCCUCUUCACGUACCUAAAGAAGCUUUUACUGUCCUCCUUUAUAUUCUUGGCUAGCUUACCUUCGUACCUCAUCUUUUCUCCCCAUCUUGCCUUUUUAGUAAUCUUCUGUUGCUCUUUAAGUGUUUCCCAAUCCUCUGGCUUCCCGUUCAUCUUUACUAUGUUAUACUUCUCUUUUAUUUUUAUACUGUCCUUGUCUUCCCUUGUCAGCCACGGUCACCCCCUACUCCCCUUAGAAUCUUUCUUCCUCUUCGGAAUGAACUGAUCCUGCAUCUUCUGUAUUAUUCCCAGAAAUACCUGCCGUUGUUGUUCCACUGU